GUGUUUUUUUUGUUGAAAAAUAUUCUUCGACACUCGCCGCAGAUAAUAGAAUUCCUUUCUACUCGUAAUGAUUUUCACCCGAGAUGUGAAAUUUUCACCGUGAUAGUCACAAUUUUAGACGACUCAGUGUGUGGGGUGAAUUCGAGGAAGAAAACACAAAGUAACCAUUUCGUUAUCAAACUCCAUUUUUGCAGAGAGCAACUGAAAGGGUGUCGUAGAAUCGUAGCAAACCUAGGGAAACUAAAGUGCAUUUGCAAAUAUUAGUGUUAAAACGGUUCAAAUUCAUAGCCUACUGUAGAAAAUUAUAAAACAAGUGGCAAAACAGCAGGGAAUUUAGCAUAAAGAAGUCCGGUUCGGGAGCAACAGCAGGAGGCGGGGUAAAGAAGGAUCAGACUCACCGUCACAAAUACAUCCUCACGGAGGAGAAAGAACCUUGCUCCCCCACCGUUGACGGCGGCGGCGGCCCACCCUCCUAAUCCGCCCCCUCAACAUCAGCUGGCUGGAGUUGAAGCUGCUGGAACUGAUUCGCACCCACACGCAAAACGUCAACGCCUGCCUGGCUGGCUAACUGCGAGUGGCAGGAUUGUCAAAACAGAAGCUGCUGCAGCAGCAGGAUAAAUCAGUUUUCCUUUUUUAGUGCUAUCUGUGAUCCUUUAAAGUGCUGUGCUAUCACCGUCAACGUGUGUUAUAUUGCAGAAAAUUACAAUUUAAACCUAGUUAUAUCACCGCGUGCGCGCCAGAAAAAAAGAGGAAUUCAAUUCAAAAGUGUUUCAAGUUGAUAUCGAUAAAAUAAAACCAGUGUGUACAGGAUAUUAAUCACCAAACGCAAACGCAGGACCAUCUGGACAACGAGAGUUGGCCGCAAGCCACACCGUCCCGCGACGACUAAGCUGUAGUGUUCUAGAAUACCGCGUAGCCCAUCACCCGACUAGACCGGCAUCAGACUAGGAGCAGGAGAGGCAGCAGAGGAACACCGCCGUCAUGUUUUGGGACAGUGCAAACUCGUUGUCCAAUAUAGACGGGCUGCUAACGAAAGAGGGACUCAAGCUCAAAGAUGUGCUGGAAUAUGAGGACGUGCUGCAGGAAUGCAAAUCACAAAACACAAAACUGCUCCAAUACUUAAACCGCACGGAAGUGUUCGACGAGCUGAUAGACUUGGUCAUCCAGGAGCCGCCGGAGGACCUCGAGGACCAGGUGCGCUUCCUGCACUCGAACAUGGCGUGCGAGAUCCUGACCAGCGACGUGCCCUCGUUCAAGACCCACCUGGUCGAGAACCAGAACUUUCUGAACAAACUGUACAGCUUCCUGCACCGGGAUCCGCCGCUCAAUCCGCUGCUGACGUCGUUCUUCUGCAAAACGUUCGGGAUGCUCAUAUCAAAACGUAACGAACAAGAUUAUUUCUCUUAUAAGUCAGUGUGCCUACAAGUAUUAGAGUUUAUCAAGUCUAGAAAAGGUUUCCUUACCACGAUGCUGAAGCACUUUGGCAACCAGGUCAUCACCGACCUGCUGCUCUGCUACAUCACCGAUAUCGAAGACGCCGAGCUCAAGUCGGAGCUGUUGGAGUGGCUUAACGAGCAAAACCUGAUUGCCGCAAUCAUCAACCUGCUAAAGUUACCAGGCGAAACGCAGAAACACAACAAUGUCGCACAAUUUUUAAUCGAACUUAUCAAGAUAGGCAGAUGCAAACGACAGAACGAGAGACAAGACAAAGGCAGCAGCUACAAGCUGCACUCGACCUGCAAACGGAUCGACAGUUUCAAGUCGAAAAUUCUGCCCGCGGAGUUGAAGAAAACCGCACUUUUCAACUUUAACCUUAGCGACACCAUUCCGACCAUUCUCGGCAAGAUCUCCUCCCACUUUCAAGUAACAUCCGAUCCAAUACUGGACACGCUGGAGAACGAAGCCACCACCCAGAUGCUGCUGGACAUCAUCCUGAAGGAAAACAACGAGGAAAGCGUCAUCGUGGCCGGCAUCCGGAUCAUUCUGCGGCUGCUGGAGAACACGAUCAUACAAGAACCGGUGUCCGACACCGCCCUCCAGAUGGUCAUCGACGCCGAGAAGGAGCACCAUGACACCGUCGUGCUACGCUUAGUCAACGUAAUACACCCGAGAAUGCUUGAGUUUAUCACCAUUUUAACGAAUCCGCCUCAGAAACCCGACGUAAUAACCACGGUCGGAGUACUUUCACCACCUCUAGGAAAUGUGAGACUUCAGAUUUGUAAUUUAUUUACAGUAUUAAUAGAAACAGAGAACAGUGAUGUUAUCAGGACAAUAUGCGGAACAGAUUUUUAUAGUACAUUGCUCAACCUUUUUAAGCAAUAUUGUUGGAACAAUUUUUUGCACAGUCAGGCCAAGGUGUGCGUCAACUAUGCCAUACAGUCGUUCGACCAGAAGGAGGGCGAAACCAAGCUGCUUACCUCGGAUUUACAGCGACACAUCAUCUGCGAUUGCAAGCUUGCCUCCCGCCUGGUAGACCUGUGGUACUACAACGAGGAGAUGCAAAAUCCGGCCCCGCCGCAACCACCGCCAGACGCGCCAGAGACGACAACGACGACGGCACCAACUUCCAACGCCGACGCCGACACCGAUGUUACCUCCACCGAAGGGCCGACGGAGGAGACCGAUUCCGCUGAGGAGCAGCAGGACCAACUGCCGCAACCGCCUCCGCCGCAGAAACGCCGCAAGUGCCGCCGGCUCGGUUACAUGGGCCACCUGAUCGAGAUGUUCGAGGCGCUCGUCACGAACAUGAACGUGUCGGAGGAGUUUUGUGCCUUAGUCGAAGCGUCCCUCGAGGGCGAGCCGGACGACGUGAAAGCCCGCUGGCGGCGCGUGAUCGAGUCCGAGGGCGAAGGCGAUGGCGCGGGUGAGGGUGCGGGCAAGAGUGCCGGUGAGCUGGCCACCAUACUGGCCGUGCAGAAGCGAUUCCUGGCUGGUCACGAUCCAUAUCAGAAGAAAGACUAUUCGUCCGAUGUUACCAUUUUCCCCAAGGAAAUUGAGAACAAUCUUAAGGAUUACAUUCACAACACUGUGAUGGAUUUGAGCAGCAUGAACGCGCUCAACAGCUCGUCGUUUGAGAUGCUGGGCUUCACCAACACGGUCGAGCAGAUGUCCAAGCUGAUGUUCGACGAGGCUUGCCAAAGUUCGGUCAACGCAUUUAUGGACAGCGACAUGUUCGGCGAGGACGAGGACGACGACGGGACGGAGGGCGCGGACGAGGCGCGUAACUUUUACACCGGCCGAGGCCGCAUUCUUGCCCAGAGUGACGACCCGGAGGGGAGUGGUGUCGAGGGCGGUGGCGGUGGCGCUCACCGGCCGUUCGAUGACGAUCUCAAGAACGCGAUUGACCUGUUUAUCAACAAGAGCGCCUGGCCGUCCUCGGUGGGUGUGGCCGACGUGGACGAGGACAACACAGACCCGUGGGGAACCAGCCACCAGCAGGACCAGCAGCAGCACGAAGGGAUGGAUGCGACGGUCGAUGGCAUUACGGACGCGUGGGCCAACUUUGGCUCGGACGGGUUCGCCGACUUUGAUUCUCACUUUACGGACUUUACGUCGGCUCCACCUGGUGGCGACCCGCAGCAGCAGCAGCAGCAGGACUCGUCCAAGGCUUUCUUCGACAACAAUGAAAACAUUGCCUUUGAUAACAGCAACAACGAUGAUCCGUUUGCAACGGCAGCGCAGGCCACUGAGUUCAACGCGGAGGACGCCGCGGUGGCCAGCAGCGUGGUGGUAACGGCUGCCAACAAUGAACAAUCCGACGAUGCUAAGAACAGUAACGUAAAUGUGCCAUUAUCCGUACCGGUUGAAGAGAUCACCAGCAGCAGUUGUCCAACAAUGGCGACCACGAUGGAGCAACUGGCCAACGAAAUUUCCAGCAUGGCAUUGGGCGGGGGCAGUACCCGGAUCGUCGACGACGAUGACGACGGGCUGAAGACGGUGACGACCAACGGACCAACGGCAAUGGCCGAGGAGGAUAAGCUGGAGAUGCCGGAGAUUUUGGAGGUCGUCCCGAUUGAAAGCAACAUAAACAUCGAUCCUCAGCAGCCAGAACAGCCGCAGCAAAACGACAAUUCCGCCGCUGCCGAACAGCAAACAACUGUAUCGGACGCAGCAGUUGCAGCAGCAGCAGCAGCUGACCUAUCCACAACAACAGCAACAGCAACCAAGACUUUAAACAACCUCGUGCUUGCGGCACCGGAAGCCGUAAUCAACAGCAGUAGCAGCAGUAGUAGUGACAACAGCACAGAGCAAAUCCCAACCUCGACGUCAAUUGAUCCAUCGAAGCUCCCGGCCCAAGUGCAGCAGCAGCAACCUCAACAAUCACCCCAACCACCACCACCAACUGUGCCAUUAGAGAAUGGAUCAGUUUAGACGGAGUUUGCAGCAGGUAAAUAAUAACAGAAAAGAAAGUACUAAGUUUAAUUAAUGCGAGUAACAAAAGUGUUGUAAGAAAAUGAAAAAUUACCCAAAUAAUAUCGGGCUAGUGCUAGGCAGAUUGAACAAUUGUAAAACAGUUUGAGAGAAAUUAAGUGAAACAAAUUUGAGAUGCUUCAAAAGCGAGAUUAUUUGUAGUGAAAAAGAAGUGCUUAGGCUGAACAUUUUGAGCGGAAAGCGUAGCAUAUUUUUUAUCGCAGCCAAUUUUUUACACCACCAAAAAUGCCGAAAGACUUUUUGUUCUAAAAAGAAAAGAGAAUCGUUACGCAGCAUCCUCACAGGAUCUUGAUCUAUCUAGUUUCGUCGUCCCGUGUUUUUGUAUUCGAGGAAGGUUCCGCCAGGGGGGCGGACUCUGGUGCUUGUUAGGCGGCGUGUGGUUUGACGACUUUGGAGGCUUUGCCCCCUCCCCACGAGAAGGGUGGAUUGUUUCCAUAGUGGUCAAGCCAGAUCAUCGAUCGGAGAGGUCUUGAAGCGAUGUGACUUGAAACUUGCAGUGCUUUUUGGGGGGAGAAGGACAGAAAACUUUCCUCGUCUGAAAUAAUAGCAAUUUAGUUACUACUAUUGUAAACUUUUUAAUUAUUUUUGUUUUAUACACGAAGUAAUUCAAUUUAGAUAAAAAAAGGAAUAAAACCAACUAAAAAACAACAAGAACUCAAUGUAUUUUUAUGCAUAAAUAAGCCAAAAACGCAGGAACAGUUGAGAGUGAUGAACAUAGCGAAUGGAAAUGUUGGACAUUUACAAAAAAUGAAAGCAAUCAUUUUUGUGUUGUUUUAGGAGAAGAAAAAAAAAUCCACGAAAAACCAAUGAAAUGUCGCGAGAAAGAGAGAACGAGAGUGAGCGCGCGAGUGUGGAUAAAACGUUGAAAAAAACACAAAGCUUCCGCCAAAACGAAAAAAAGAAAGAUAAAAAAGCAAAAAAAAACACACACACACACACACGUUAAGAUACGAGUUUAGUAGCACUAAUUUUCCACUAAGGUAAGAGAAGCUGGCAGAAUGAAUGUUGAGCUAGGGAAACGCCUUUCUUCUUGUUUGCCAGUGCACACAUACACACACAGUUUAGUUUGUAGUAAGCAAAAAAUAUGUUUGAUUCGAUUACGUUGACGUUCUACUUAUAAGUUAAGGCUACAAUUUAACCAUAUUAUCAGUUCAAAUCUUCGCGUCUUUACUUUAUAAGCUUAGCUUAAGUUUGACUUUUGUUUUUGUACGCUUAAUUCAGGGUUUGCGCUUUUCUUAUUCUUUACCUAAGCUGAUGAUACGUACGUUGCCAAAAUUGGUUUUGUUUUGUUUGCCCCCUUGAAUCCACCACUAAAUUGUUGCUCAAUUUCAGUCCCGCAGUUGGCGGUUCUGCUCUUCUCUUUAUGUUAUUUCACAUGUUCCUUCCCAGGCUUCCCAACAGGAAAAGCUUACGAUUGCAAGAAGAUGAUGGAAGAGCCCAAUUGACAAUGUUAAGAUACGAAUGUUUGAACAUAUCUCGCUCGCCGUGCUUAGAAUUUUGUUUUUAUUAUGUGCCCUACACCUUUUCAAAAUCCCCUACAUUUAGUUGUUAAAACGCUAACCAGAGAGAGAGGGAGAAAGAAUGAAAGAGAGAGAUUGGGAGACCAAAAUCAGACAGCUGCGUUUCAGUGAUAGCGAUAGAACUUAAACAGAUAUAACAAAACUCACAAACAUUCACACACAAACACAUCCACAACAAACUACGACGAACUGCAUUAAGUAUAUAUAUACACACACCCAUACACCCUGUCUCCCUCCUUCCUACACUUACAUACACAAACACACACAAGCAUCUCUCGCCUAGAAGAGAACAGAUAAAAAAACAAAAA